AUGGGAGACGAGGACUAUAAACAGCUCGGCAAGGAACUUGGACCCCUUGGCUUUGGAAUCUACUACCUUUCUUUCAAUUACGACAAUGAUCUUGUUUUUCUGAAAACCGAAGGAUAUUAUACGGGUUAUCUCAGGGAUCAUCCCGCCACGCGUAACUCGGACAAAGAUAAAAUUAUUUAUGUGCCGGCCGGAAUUGAUGUGAAGUCGCGCGACUCCGAUUGGAAAUUCAUGGUUCUGAAAGAAUUGUUUGGAAAACACUUAUGCAGGGAUAAGCUAGUUGCAUACGCCCACUGGUGGAACGGCUAUGAAGUUACUGGGACGGAGAAGGAUUAUUACAUGGGGUUAAUUAGAGCAGCCCGAGAGGAACAGAACAAGAAGUUUGGGCCCGAGGCUAUAAGCAUAGAAGAACAAGACAAGAAUGCUCGAGCUCGGGUUAGUGAAGGGUUUUAG